UUGAUUGUGUUCUAUCCAACAAAAGCAGGAUUAACUCUAACAGUACUCUUGAUUUUGGAAGAGACAAUGAACGUGCGAGCAGGUGUUGGGCAGAAAAGGGUUAAUAUCAUCAUCCUAACUUUUCCCCACCCCCAUGGCUUCUCACGUUUCAGCUACCUUGACACUGAAUUUUCCAGUUUCACUGCCCUCGCUAUUCUCUCCUACCAUACCCUAAAAUGAAGAAAUUAGUUCAGCUUUUCUUUAUUUUAUUUCUGGGGUGUAUUAUUCUCAUGUUUUAUAUUAAUUCUUCAUUUAAAGCAAAACAUGAACAUUCUCAACCACAGCGGGAGACUGUCAACAGCAGCUACUUUGUGUCUGACGAGGAGAUGAAUGAAGAGGACGAAUGGGCUGUGGAUACAGAGCUGGAGAUCAGGAAAUGUGAGAAGAAGAUUCACUCAACUCCGAUUCCUCUGGAGCUCAAAUACAGACAAUACGCCAGAAAGAAGCGGAUUCAUGACCUGUGUGACAACAAUGGUACCUUAGGCAUCAAUGAGAAAUGGCACUCAGUGGAUGAAGUCCCGAACUCUGAACUCAGCAACCUGCUUGUGGACGACCGGCAUGGGAUCAUCUACUGCUAUGUUCCAAAGGUUGCAUGUUCCGAAUGGAAGAGGAUCAUGAUUGUUCUGAGUGAGAGUCUAAAGGUGGACGGCGUUCCCUACAGACACCCUUCAGACAUCCCUGAGGAACAAAUUCAUGGCAACACCACACAGUAUCUAAACCAGUAUCCAAGAGAGGUGAUGAAACACAAACUGCAGCACUACAAGAAGUUCAUGUUUGUCAGAGAUCCUUUCGUUAGACUGAUUUCAGCCUUCAGAGACAAAUUUCUAAAAGAAAACCAGCCAUUUUAUAAGUACGUUGCUGUCAAGAUUUUGAAGAAAUUCAGCAAAGUCCAUAAACCACCAAAAACAGCGAAGGAGGCAUUCACCGCUGGCAUUGUGCCAUCUUUCUUAAAUUUCAUCCAGUACAUACUGAGCUUACCAGAAGAGAACUACACACUACUGGAUGAGCACUGGAGACAAGCUGCUCACCUGUGUCACCCAUGCUUGAUCGAUUAUGACUUCAUAGGAAAAAUGGAGACUGUAGAACAAGAUGCUGCUCAGCUUCUACGAAUGCUUCAGGUCGACAAUAUCGUCCAGUUCCCAAAGAGCAGAAGCAACAAAACAGAUGAAAGCUGGAUAAAGAUUUGGUUUCCUGAUAUUCCCACUGAUUGGAGGAGGAACCUAUACAAAAUAUAUGAGACAGACUACAUAUUAUUUGGAUACAGACAUCCUGAAGAUCUUCUAAAUGAAUGAAGCACUUAGAAAAUUUGUUGUUACUGGUUUAACUCUGGUUUAUCUGAGAUGAUGAAACAAUUUGAUUUGGGUAUUUUUUUUAAAUAAGAUAUUUACAGGUCAAAAGUUUGCAUGAGUUUCUGAAGGUAAACUUGUAAUACUUUCCUUGUUUAUUUUUGAUGUGGAUGAUUGUAAUUGCAGAUAUUUUUAGCACAAAUAUUUUAGUUAUUACUUGCAAGAAGGCAAAUGUUUUGCACUACAGGUUUACCGUUUCUUUAUUAUUUACCUUAAGGAGUAUUAACCCUUAAGGCUUUUCAAUAACUACUUUGAAUUCUUUAGUCACAGCUGCGAAAAUAAAAAAAUGUGUGUAUGUAGUUAUGACAAAGAGACGAAUCAGGAUAUCCUAAGGAUUUUUGAUAAAACAUUUUGAUAAAGCAUUUUUAAAUCAAAUUAUUAUUAUAAUAAAAAUCAAUUAUUAUUAUUAAUUGGUGUUAUUAUUGUUGUUGGAGGUGGUGGUGGUGAUGGUAAAGCUGGAAGUAUUACUACUAAAUAAAUUCUACAAUGAGAAACAUUGAAAAACAUUAAAAGUGUUCCUAAAUGUUUUGGCUUUAUGAGGCCAUUUUAAACAGGAAAUGCGUGGUUUUGGUAAAGUGUAAGAUUGUUGUUAAGCUUCACCAACAGAUCCUAACCCUGCAUUCACAUUAGCAGGUGAUGAGACACACGCAUCAUCCCAAGUUUGCAUCUUGUGGGCGAUCAAGCUAAUAUUAUGACAUUCUGUUCCCUUCAAAACAUUCCCAUGUCUGUCUAAAUGAAACCUUAAGUUAGCUAACAGGCUAACAGCUAGCACCUUAGCAAAAAUCAUGUUCCAGAUAACUGAGGCUCAAAAUAUACAUCACAUGAGUGAAUGGUCUUAGGAGUGUUCUACUCUUCUACAUCCCCCCAGUGACCACCAUAUAAUUGCACAUAAUUAUGCAAAUUGGGGAUGGGAAAAGGGCCUAGUCAUGCCGCUGUUACAUAUAAAUUUUGCUUCAGAAAAAAAUGACUGAAAAGAAUAUGUCUCUUUAUUUUGCGUACAAUAACAGAAAGUGAUUCUUGACUCUGCAUACACUUAAAAAGACCACUAAACCUGUUGUAAACACUGUUCAGUGUAAAUUUGGAUCCUAUCAUCAUUGUCUUGCUUAAAGCUACACUAUUUUGCAUAACAACUUCAAAAUCAUAUUGAUAUUCCACUGACUUUUAAUAGAGAAAAUAGUGUCUCUAUCAUUGCUAAUCUGAGCUUGAUGCACAGCUAACUUUACUAUGUAACUUUGGUGAGGCAGGCAGGAUAUUGCUUGUGAGAACAGUGUAAUGGUGCAUGGCAUUUAUCUGUUGCAGUGUAAUGUUACUUUGUCAACUUAGUCCACAUAAUUAUUUUACUUCAGAUGCAUUUUAGAAAUGCAUGUGUAAAGUGUGUCCUUUAGUGUGAUCAGUUUUUACCCAUCCCGAUUUAGUGUUCAUGACAGGUCCAUAUAUUAAGCAUUCUAGAUAUUUGGUGUGGGCUUGUGAGACAACGGUGAUCACUCAGCAAUCACUAGACAAUCACUCGCAUUGCGUCUUUCAGACUUUCACACAAAGCAACCGAGCCAUGGCUGAACGAAUGGUGAUUUGACUCCAGUCUUAGUCUUUUUUCCAGUUAGUCAGUGACUAAAAAAGAACAUGAACCUGGCCAAAUGCUGCUUUGAAACAUUUUUGGGUUCCUGUGUUGUCCUUUCAGUUUUACUGUUAAAAAGUUCAUUUCAUAAUCAUCUUUUUAUUUAAUCAGUGGCACUGGCCCUACUCUGAUGUCCAGCUGUCUUGGUCUAACAUUUGUAUUUAUUAAUUAAACUACUUCUG